AUGGAUAAAUAUAAACGGAUACAUUCAUAUGGUAGUAUGAGCUCCAACCGAAGCGAAGAUGACAUGACCGUACACAGUCAAGUAUACCCGUACCCCAAGAAGAUGAUUGUGAAACGAGAGAUCUUGUAUGAAGAAGAACACCCACCAUUCCAGCCGCUGUUCGCUACGACGAAAAUAUUCGGGAAAGCGAGAUUUGCGUGCUUGUUGCUGAUUUACAUUGUUUUUUAUGCGACAUACCUGCUCUCUGGGGCGCUGGUGUUUUCAUCUUUAGAGACACCAUUGGAGAAUCAGAUCAGAUUGGAAGUUAUUCGCGCUAAACAAGAGUUCAUGACCAAAAAUCCAACUGUUUUAGAUGCUGAUUUGGAAUUGCUGUUGGAUGUUGUGAUCGGUGCCAGUAACCAGGGCGUUGCAGCGUCAAGAAAUGUAACCCAGGGUCCUAACUGGACCUUUGGACAAUCCCUAUUCUUCGCGUCAACUGUGGUUACUACAAUCGGUUAUGGUCAUGUAACACCUCUGUCGAAGCCUGGAAAACUCUUCUGCAUAGCGUACGCUCUGCUUGGCAUUCCGUUAACCUUGGUUCUCCUCUCUGCGCUGGUGGAACGUCUGCUGCUACCGGCGACCGCUAUGCUCAGAGCUCUUAACAGUUCCCUUGGACAUUUGUACCGGCCCUUUACCAUACGUCUGGUGCAUCUUAGUAUUAUCGUGUUAAUGCUGGUAAUUUUCUUCCUGGUGAUACCGGCGGCGGCUUUCUCUGCAUUGGAACCGGAUUGGGACUACCUGGACUCUUUCUACUACUGCUUCAUAUCAAUCACCACGAUCGGUCUUGGUGAUUACAUUCCCGGCGAUUCCCCGAAUCAAGCUUACCGUCCGCUGUAUAAAGUUGCUACCACUUUUUACCUGCUAAUGGGCCUGACAUUCCUCAUGCUCACUCUAACGGUCUUCUACGAUAUACCGCAACUCAAUCUCAGCAGUGUAUUCUCAUCUAUGAAACUAGACGACGAUCCAGAAAAGAUGCGUCUGAGUGGCUCCGGGGGUUUGUGUCCAGGGUAUGGAGUGGGGGGUCUGAUGAUGAGGGAUGAUUACAACCACCACGAUCAGCGUCGAUCGGUCGUUCACAUCAGACCACAUAUGGAUGACAGCCCAAGCCCCGAGGACACAACACCAGUUCACGCCAGAGACAUGAGGGUGCAGUAA